AUGGAGCCAAGAGCCUGGACUCUGCAGUGUACUGCUUUCGCUCUCUUUUGCGCUUGGUGUGCAUUGAAUAAUGUAAAAGCGAAGAGGCAGUUUGUGAAUGAAUGGGCGGCGGAGAUCCCCGGGGGACCGGAGGCAGCCUCAGCGAUAGCCGAGGAGCUGGGCUAUGACCUUUUGGGUCAGAUUGGCUCACUUGAAAAUCACUACUUAUUCAAACAUAAAAACCAUCCUCGGAGGUCUCGAAGGAGUGCCCUUCGUAUCACUAAGAGAUUAUCUGAUGAUGAUCGUGUGCUAUGGGCUGAACAACAGUAUGAAAAAGAGAGAAGUAAACGUUCAGUUCUAAGAGACUCAGCACUAGAUCUCUUCAAUGAUCCGAUGUGGAAUCAGCAGUGGUACUUGCAAGAUACUAGGAUGACUGCAGCCCUGCCCAAGCUGGACCUCCAUGUGAUACCUGUUUGGCAAAAAGGCAUCACAGGCAAAGGAGUUGUUAUCACUGUACUGGAUGAUGGCUUGGAGUGGAAUCACACAGACAUCUAUGCCAACUAUGAUCCAGAGGCUAGCUAUGAUUUUAACGAUAAUGACCACGAUCCAUUUCCCCGAUAUGAUCCCACAAAUGAGAACAAACAUGGGACCAGAUGUGCAGGAGAAAUUGCCAUGCAAGCAAAUAAUCACAAGUGUGGGGUCGGAGUUGCAUACAAUUCCAAAGUUGGAGGGAUAAGAAUGCUCGAUGGCAUUGUGACAGAUGCUAUUGAAGCCAGCUCAAUUGGAUUUAAUCCUGGACAUGUGGAUAUUUACAGUGCGAGCUGGGGCCCUAAUGAUGAUGGGAAAACUGUGGAGGGGCCUGGCCGACUAGCCCAGAAGGCUUUUGAAUAUGGUGUCAAACAGGGGAGACAAGGAAAGGGCUCUAUCUUCGUCUGGGCUUCUGGGAAUGGGGGGCGUCAGGGAGAUAACUGUGACUGUGAUGGGUACACGGACAGUAUCUACACCAUCUCCAUCAGCAGUGCCUCGCAGCAAGGCCUAUCCCCCUGGUACGCUGAGAAGUGCUCCUCCACGCUGGCCACCUCGUACAGCAGCGGCGAUUACACCGACCAGCGAAUCACGAGUGCUGACCUGCACAACGACUGCACAGAGACCCACACAGGCACCUCUGCCUCAGCACCCCUGGCUGCUGGCAUCUUCGCUCUGGCCCUGGAAGCAAAUCCAAAUCUCACCUGGCGAGAUAUGCAGCACUUGGUUGUCUGGACCUCUGAGUAUGACCCACUGGCCAAUAACCCUGGUUGGAAAAAGAAUGGAGCAGGCUUGAUGGUGAAUAGUCGAUUUGGAUUCGGGUUGCUAAAUGCCAAAGCUCUGGUGGAUUUAGCUGAUCCCAGGACCUGGAGCAGUGUGCCUGAGAAGAAGGAGUGUGUUGUAAAAGACAAUGACUUUGAGCCCAGAGCCCUGAAAGCUAAUGGAGAAGUUAUCAUAGAAAUUCCAACAAGAGCUUGUGAAGGACAAGAAAAUGCUAUCAAGUCACUGGAACAUGUGCAAUUUGAAGCAACAAUUGAAUAUUCCCGCAGAGGAGACCUUCAUGUCACCCUCACUUCUGCUGCUGGAACCAGCACCGUACUGUUGGCUGAAAGAGAGCGGGAUACAUCUCCUAAUGGCUUUAAGAAUUGGGACUUCAUGUCUGUUCACACAUGGGGAGAGAAUCCCAUAGGCACUUGGACUUUGGGAAUUACAGACAUUUCUGGAAGAAUGCAAAAUGAAGGAAGAAUUGUGAACUGGAAGCUAAUUCUGCAUGGGACCUCUUCUCAACCAGAACACAUGAAACAGCCCCGAGUGUACACGUCCUACAACACCGUUCAGAAUGACCGAAGAGGGGUGGAGAAGAUGGUGGAUUCGGGGGAGGAGCAGCCCACACAAGAGAACCUGAAUGAGAACCCUCUGGCAUCCAAAAGCCCCAGCAGCAGCAGUGUGGGGGGCAGAAGGGAUGAGCUGGCAGAGGGAGCCCCUUCUGAGGCCAUGCUACAACUCCUACAAAGCGCUUUCAGCAAAAACUCACCCCCAAAGCAAUCACCAAAGAAGUCUCCAAGUGCAAAGCUCAACAUCCCUUACGAAAAUUUCUAUGAAGCCCUGGAAAGGCUGAACAAACCUUCCCAGCUUAAAGACUCUGAGGAUAGUCUGUAUAAUGACUACGUUGAUGUUUUCUAUAACACGAAACCUUACAAGCACAGGGAUGACCGGCUGCUGCAAGCUCUGGUGGACAUUCUGAGGAAGGAAAAUUAA